CCCAUUCAAUGUAUACAUAAUCAAUGAUAUAGAUAUAUGCGGAUCUAAUCUUGAUACCUGAACUCUGAAUGCAGCUUGUAGGCAAGCAUUAUUUUUUAUUACUAUUAGGUUUUUGCAUUCUCCAUAGCUCAAUCAAUCAGAGCCUCUUGCCACUCAUUACAAGAAUUUAGGAAGAAAGCGUAGCAUAACGUAAAAUACGUUAUUUAAAAGUCGUGUCCGUUUGUGGAGCGUCUUCAGAUAUCCAACUUUCAUUUACAAAAUGGCCGGUUUGAGUUACAUGACUAUAUAUUUUUUUACAUUUGGAUAGGGCUAUAGUUUUAUGUAGACACCAUAGUGACUAAAAUGCAAGAGAAUGUAAAAAAUACGCGCAUGCUGUUUGCCAGGUGGCAACGCCAGCCCAUCUGCGCCGCUGCUUCAACGUCUGCGCCACGCUGAUGCAGGCCCUGCGUAUUACGUCAGCGCACAGGCCAUCAGCCAAUCCCUGCCCAGAAAUGCGCAGCACUGUUGCGCAGACGCGCUCGUCAAAGAGCGCAGCCAUUACUGCGCGAAUAACCCAGGCGGUCGCUUAUGUAAACUGCACAGCAAUACUUGAACAACAGUGUUUUGCAGAGUGAAAAACUAAAAUUCAAUGAGUCGGGGGGCAUGGAAAAAGUUCGGAUGCGCCGGAUGGGUGUAAAAAGAACACUACCGCACAUACAAGAUAAAUCCAACCGGGAAAGCUACCUUCAUGACAUAUAAAACGGCAGUACCAACUCUCCUAAACGUAAAAGGGAGAAAAGUACUGCAGUAAACGGGAAUGAACGGCAGCCCGAGCAGUGACUCGUUCCUAAGCGGGAGCGAACUAUCGCGGUCGCGCACUGGUGAAGACGUCUUUGAAUCCACGGACACUCCUGGCAGCGCAUCGCAGGCGGCCCAUGCGCUACAGACAGCGCAGACGGCCGAUGCUGCCGCUCCCAUCAUCCUCUACCCAGUGAGCUCCGACAGGGUUAUUUCCACAACCACCUCAGACGGCAAAACCAUUUUUAAGAUCGCUGCAGGUCCAGUCCCUACAAUGCCAAAGCCACCCCCUGCUGGCAGUGCAGAGAAAAUCGCCGCUCCAGAGUUCACCUACCAGGCCAUUGUGUUCCUGAUUGAGGCUGUGGGCCGGCGCUGGAGGCUAUAUGGCUCGCGGGAACGUGCCCAGCUCUUCCAGGGCGUGCAGCAGGAGCUGGAGGGCCAGGGAUACUGCCUGCCUGUGGAGAGGAUCCGCCGCAAAUGGAACAACCUCAUUGUCACGUAUAAGCGCGUUAAGGACAGGAGCCGCGAGACGGGCCAGGCCAAGACAUCCUGGGAGUACUAUGAGAUGAUGGACGCCAUGCUUGGCGACACGAUUGGUGCUCAGGUCGGUGGGAGCACGUCAGCAACCCUGCUGGACGUGGGCAAGGAAACAGCUUCCGCCAACCUGGGCGACAUCACCAAGCAAGGCCUGCUGUCCCCCUGCAGCCUUGCCCCCUCCUGUGCCCAGAUUCCCACCCUCGUCUCUGCUUCCCCGCUCCCACCCGUCAACCCGGACCUGUCUCCCUUGCUUCCUGGUCCCCCCCGCAGCACAGGCCGGCCCCGCGCACGGCAGAAGCUGCGGCGCGAUUCAGGCUGCACGCCGACGCCCAUCUCCUUCCCAGCCCGUCGACAGGACCAGGCCGAGGAGUGUGCCUCCCUGCUGCGCAGCCUAGCCAGCAACCAGGAGGAGCGUAGUCGGCAGGAGGAGGUGCGGCUGCGCCGGGGAGAAGCCCGCGAGAAGCGUCGCGAGAGGAGGGAGAACAAGAUGCUGGAGGCCCUGGGGAGGAUGGCCACUGCCCUGGAGCUACUGUCUGCCAAGCAGGACACCAUUAUCGCCUUACUGCAGAGGCUGGCAGACAGGCAGUGAGGCAGCAGGGCCCGCGGACAGCUGUGGGAGCCGAGUCUGCUGAGGGUGGGGGGACCAGCCAUCUUGACUGCACCUGUGUGGCUCAACUGGAUGAUGUUGAUUACACUCCUGCUUGUUGUUAAGGGCCUUGUCUCAUUUCCUGCCUUAGGUUUCAUUCUGAGGAGGGAAAAAUCGAAAUAUGUCAUUCUGUUGCACGGUAUGUAAACGGAAGCUGACUGCAAACCUCAUUCACCACAGACUUCUGCCCCUAUUGUCUGCAUUUUGUUGCUGAUGGUAAAUGACCAUUAACUUUUUUAGCUGAAUGGUUAUGUAGUUAUCAGAUUGUUUUGUUUUUGUUCAGUUGAAUUAUCUGGGUGUUUAUUUUCAAUCUUGAAUUAAAUGCUGUCAGUGUUUUGC